AUGGCCUUGGGGUGGGUGGAGCGGCUGGAGAAGGCCCUGGAGCUCUUCCAGCACCAGCUGGACGAGUGUCGAGGCCAGGAGCUGGCAGAGGAAAAAGUCUGGUACCAGCAGAGGCGGCUGCCGGACGAGCUGGUGCAAGUGAGAGCCCGGCCCUGCGACGUGGCCCUGGAUAGCGAGAGAGCUUGGGGAGAUUACGCCGCCCUGGAGAACGAGCUGCUCACGCUGCGGGAAGCACUGGCUCAGAUCCGACAGCUCGGGCACCCCCAGGAGCAGGGGGCCGCCCAGCAGGAGCUGUGGAUGAUUGAUGACAUCAUUGCGGGGUUGGGAGCCAGCCCCACCCCGUACCCCACCCUGGACCUCAGGACAUGCCAAGGAGGGGGGGGGCCCCUGGGGCAGCCCGGGAGUGUGGGGGGAACCCCUGAGCUGGGGGGCUCAAGGGCCAUAAAGGGGUGUCAUGGGGGGCCCCGCGGACUUGACGGAAGGGGAAAUGGGGAUCCCAAGUCUGAGUCGGGAGGGGAGGGGGUUUGGGGCCGGAGUCCCACUUUUCACCCCCCACCCGCAGAUCCUCCUGAGGAGCAAAUUGACGACGUCACCGCCCAGCAUUUCCGGGCCCUUCUCGACCUCAACCUGGUCGGCUACUUCCUGAUGGCAAAGUCCGCCCUGCCCUCUCUACGGGAGACCCGAGGCAACAUCAUCAACAUCUCCAGUCUCGUGGGCAUCAUCGGACAGAGGCAGGCGGUUCCCUACGUCGCCACCAAGGGUGCGGUGACAGCGAUGACGAAGGCCAUGGCGGUGGACGAGAGCAGAUAUGGGGUGCGAGUUAACAGCAUCUCUCCUGGGAACAUCUGGACCCCCAUGUGGGCGGAAGCAGCUGGACAGACGGCCAGUCCUGGGUUGCUGGGCCGGAUGGGCACUGCCGAGGAGUGUGCCCUGGCCGCGAUCUACCUGGCCGCCGAGGGCACCUUCUGCACCGGGAUCGACCUCCUGUUGAGCGGGGGGGCUGAGCUGGCCUAUGGGCCCAAGAGCUGGCUGGGUGCCAGCUAGGGGGCAGAGGGGAGGCGGAGCAGGGGGGGUAGGACUCCCAGGUUCUCUCCCCUGGUUCUGGCUCUCAGUUUACCCCCCUGGGGAUUGCCCCCUCCCCCCAGGACGGGUUUGAAUGAUUAGGGUUCAAAAUGCUGAGCAUAAACCCAGUAAGCCAGUCCCUCCUCCCCUCCCCUCCCGAACCUGGGGAGAGUCCUGGCUCCACGCUAACCACUAGCCACCACUCCCCUCUCAGAGGUCCAGGCUGUGCCUGCAUAGGUUGCCUUUCUAGUGGGCAAAGAGGGAGCACUCACUCCCCAAGGGGGGCCCGGCUAGUGACAGGAGACCCCAAUCUCCACUGGAGGGGGGUGUGGGCAGCGACCGUAACCCCCAUCUCUGUCCGGGCCCCGGGGCAGUGAGGGGAGACCCCCCCCCCGGUCUCAUGUGGCUAAUACAGAUGCUUUGCCAGCUGA